AUGUGCACCAUCUCUAGAAUGAAAGGGGUAAGCUUCCGUUCCAGUUUCAGCCCUCCAUUAUUGUGGACCACUGAGACCUGGAGCAGAGUUUCUGCAAAAGUCUUGCUCAUCCUGCUUGGUUUCUGUCUUUGGGGAGUCGCUGUGGCUUUCCUCUUUGGUGGUGCCUUUGUGAUCCUGACCUACAAGAGCUACAUCGUCUUCUUUCAGAAUUCUUUCUUUUCUCUGCCAGGCUGUUUGGCCCUCGUGAUUGCUUCUCUGCUGUUUCUGACUGGUGCUUUGGCAAUAUUUACCCCUGGAAAGAAUUCUCGACAUCAUCAGGGAACGCUGAUGUACCUGUUAAUGGUCCUCUUCUGCCUGGAAGCCUCCUCUGCAGUAAUGACCCAGGUCUACUCUACCCAGGUAGCUUAUCAGCUGACCAGCAGUGUGCACUCUCUAUUUCAUGGGUACAACAGGCCAGUUCCAAAUUACCCCAGCAAUGAGGCUGUGGACGCAAUCCAGCAGCAGCUGGAGUGCUGUGGGAUCUACAAUUACACAGACUGGUUUGUGUUGGCCCUUCCAAGCCAGCUCCAAAGGGGCCCUAAAAGCUGUUGCAAAGAGGUUGCUUCGGAUUGUACUGACAAUGCUAGCCUGCCGGAGACACUGUUUGAAGAAGGCUGUCUCUCAAAGCUAGAAAAGAGGGUGCAUUUUGUUAGGCAUUAUAUGAAUUGGUGUUGUGUCAUUGGAGGCUGUCUGGAGAUGCUAACUGUCAUCAGCAAUGGAGUACUUAUGAAGCAGCAGCCGUUCCAGGAUUUCCGUAUUCUCGAUUCUGCCAAUUUUUCUUAG